AAUUCUUGUCUGUUUUUUCCUGACUUGUGAGUUAUGGUCAUAUAACACACGCACCAAAUUAAAAACUUAAUCCAAGAUGGCUUCCACGUUUGUGAAACUUUUGCGUGGAGCCCCAAGACGUUUGCUCCGGAAAAAUGGACCUAUUCAAACAUAUUCAAGGUCAAUAUCUCAAGUUGAUCCUAAAAUUGCAAUGAAAGAUUUCGAAAAAGUUAAGCUUCCAGAUGACUUAGCUGAGUAUACUGGCCAUGUCAUGUAUCCUGAUGAAUUUACUUCCAAAUGGGAUGAAGAAGAAUUCGUGGCUGAAAAGGGUGUCAGCAACAUGACACUAAACUUUGGACCACAACACCCUGCAGCGCAUGGUGUGUUGCGUAUGGUGCUUGAACUGAAUGGAGAGGUUGUUGAAAGAGCAGAUCCACACAUUGGACUACUUCACAGAGGAACAGAAAAGUUGAUAGAAUAUAAAAAUUAUUUACAGGCAUUACCCUAUUUUGAUCGUCUCGACUACGUGUCAAUGAUGUGCAAUGAACAGGCGUAUUCACUAGCUGUAGAACAACUGCUUCACAUUGACAUUCCGGAACGUGCCAAAUGGAUACGAGUAAUGUUUGCAGAAAUCACGCGUAUACUUAAUCAUCUCAUGGGAAUUACAACUCAUGCUUUGGACGUUGGAGCUAUGACACCGUUUCUUUGGAUGUUUGAAGAAAGGGAAAAGCUGAUGGAAUUUUACGAGCGUGCUUCUGGUGCAAGGAUGCAUGCUGCGUAUGUACGACCGGGUGGUGUAGCAUUGGACCUUCCAUUAGGAUUGAUGGAUGAUAUUUGGUUCUUUAUGUCAAGAUUUGGUCAACGUGUUGAUGAAAUGGAGGAGAUGUUAACUCACAAUCGUAUUUGGAAACAACGUCUUGUUGAUAUCGGUGUUGUUUCUGCUGAGCAAGCACUUUCAUAUGGAAUGACAGGCGUGAUGUUGAGAAGUGCUGGUUUCAAAUGGGACUUGCGCAAGACGCAACCAUACGACGCGUACGACAAAGUUGAGUUUGAUGUUCCGAUAGGAAAGAAUGGGGAUUGCUAUGACAGGUACUUGUGUCGCGUGCAAGAAAUGCGAGAAAGCGUCCGCAUCAUUGAACAGUGCUUAAAUAAAAUGCCGGCAGGCGAGAUCAAGAUUGACGAUGCGAAGAUCUCACCGCCUAAACGCUCAGAAAUGAAAGAAUCCAUGGAAUCUUUGAUUCAUCAUUUUAAACUGUACACAGAAGGAUAUAAUGUUCCACCAGGUGCGACGUACACCGCCAUUGAAGCUCCAAAGGGUGAAUUUGGAGUUUAUUUGGUGUCCGAUGGUUCAAAUAAACCAUAUCGUUGUAAAAUCAGAGCACCUGGUUUCUACCAUCUGGCCACUAUGGAAUAUAUGACUAAAGGUCAUAUGUUGGCCGAUGUUGUUGCGAUUAUUGGUACACAAGAUAUUGUUUUCGGCGAAGUGGACAGAUAAAUAUAUAUAUAUAUAUAUGUUUUUUUUUGUAAUGUCAACCUUGUAAAUAAAUUAAAAUGGCGGUCGAUGUAAAAAAAAGGUUGUUGUUGUUUCCAAA